AUUCGCUUGUUGUUGACCUAUAACUGUAUGUAUAUAAAGUAAGUGCGCAAGUUGAGAACUAGGACUCUUAUUAUGGCAGAACGCUUGCGUAGAAUUCGGACACAUCUCUCGGCUAAACCUUGUGCCGUAGGAAGUCUUCAACACCACCAGGAUGAUAACUUCCAAUAUACCCUUAGUGGCAAAUCUGUUUUGACCAAGGAGCAGAGAGAAUUCUACGAAAAAAAUGGCUAUUUAGUGAUAAAAAAAUUGGUUCCCCCAGAGAAAAUUCAAAAAUUUGUGGAUAGAUUUGCUGAAAUUGUUGAGAAUAAAGACGAUAAAGUUCCUGGUAUGAUUAUUAUGAGAGAUGUUGCUGUAGCCAAAAAACUUGAUAUGGAACCGCAUAAGGCUAUAAAUAAACUUCAAGACUUUCAAGAAGACCCUGUUUUAUUCCAAUAUUGCUCUCUUCCAGAAAUAAUAAAUUAUCUUCCAAGCUUUAUUGGAGAUAAUAUUAUGGCUAUGCACACUAUGCUUAUCAACAAACCACCAGAUCCUGGUACCGAUACAUCUAGACAUCCAAUGCACCAAGAUUUACAUUACUUUCCUUUUCGGCCAGCCGAAAGGAUAAUAUGUUCUUGGACGGCAAUGCAAAAAAUUAACCGUGAAAAUGGAUGCUUAGCCGUUAUACCCGGAUCACACAAAGGCGAACUACUUAAGCAUACUUAUCCCUCUUGGAAGAAAGGUGUGAACAAGAUGUAUCAUGGAGUAGAAGAUUAUGAUCCCAAAAUGCCGAGAGAUUUCCUCGAAAUGGAACAAGGCGAUACCGUCUUCUUCCAUCCCCUUCUAAUUCAUGGUUCCGGAUCCAAUAAGACAAACGGAUUUAGAAAAGCAAUUUCCUGUCAUUACGCCUCAAGUAAUUGUGAGUACAUUGAUGUGGAAGGUACUGUGCAAGAGAACAUUGCCAAAGAAGUUUUAGAAAUAGCUUCUAGACGGGCAGGUGGACAAAUUUCUGGUAUUAAAUAUCACGAUAUUUGGAGAUUUCGAGCAAGAUUGGUUAACGGUGAAAAGGUGAAUCUUUGAAAGAGAAUGGUCAUUUUGAUUUAUUGAAAAACAUGCUCUGUAUUUUUUAUUCCCUUUCAUGAUUUCCUUCCUUUCAGUAUAAUUGGAAAACAGUAAUAUCGUUAAACUAUCCCUUAAUUUGAUGCAUUGGUUUAAUUGAUCAAAUAAAACUAAUGAACUCAUUAAGUCGAUAAUUAUCUAUAUAGUUCAAAGAUUAGAGAAUCUUGAAAGCAUUUUUAAGAAAUUCACAGAUAAAUGACCUACACCGCGCGACCUUUCACGUUCUCUAUCGGAAAUAAAUAAAGACAACACAUAUUUAUUGAUUAUUGUUUAUUACAAAGUUCUCUUAUCUCACCUGCUUGCUCUGUUUACAAACAAGUACAAGCGUCCUUUAUUUAUUUUUCAAACAAUUUUAUAGAAUUAUAGGAAUUACAAAUGGAUUAUCUGCUUGUUAAGAGUCUAAUUUAUAUAUUUCAUUUUAUUGCUAUUACUAGACAGUUUAAUUAACAUGGACUGCCCACCUGAAAGACUUUGAAAACGUUAAUUAAAAGGAAACUACAUAAGGCUCCGACAAGAGAACCACCUUGAUUAACCACACCACACCAUAACAAACAUUUCCUACCGUUAUUCAUUAAUAAAGUGGCACAACAGACUUUAGCAUAGGAUAAACAUGCAAAGAGUAUGACAGAUGUUGAAAUGAUUAGGCAUUUCCCAAUCCAACCUUCUUUAAAUGGUACUUCAGGACUGUAUGAAGCUAUUGUCAGAUGAUAAAUACAACAAAAACAGCCUAAUACAGUUAUUAAAACAAUAUAACAUGAAUUUUUCAUACAUUUAAACAAGGCAAUGAAACAUACAAGAGGGUUUGCCAACAUACCAAGCCUAACGGACAAAUUGUAGGCCUGAUUUCCGUAUGGUAAACAACUAUAAGUUUGAAUAGACGGAAUGAUACCAUUUGUAAAGGCGUUAGAGACAUAUGUAACAGUUAAAAGUAAGAUAACUUUGCCAGUUUCAUUUUUAUUUGCCCGAUUUGAUUGAAUUUGAGAAUCAGAUUUCCCUAAAGGUCUUGUUUCAUUUUUGUUAUAAUGCUCCAUUCUUUUUCGAUAAUAAAAGUGAAGGAUAGAAAAGGCUAUACAUGAAACAGUUAAAACUGUCAAAAGAAAGAGCAUGAAGGCAGAAACUGAGAAUUUUGGGUCUUUAUAUUUAGGAAUCAAAAUCCAUUGUGUUGAAUUGGUUGAAUUAACAGUUUGAUUAAAGCAUACUGGCUCAGAACCUGUUCCUUGAAUGAGACCAACCAUUGAGGGCAGAAAUCCACUUAAACCUUCACCAAAGUAUAAAGCAGACAUAUAUUGUGGAUGGAAGAAAGCCAUAUAAGGCAAAUAAACUACAGAGCUUGUACAAUCAACAACAGCAAGUAACGAUGCAAAAAUGAAAAGAUAUAAGGAUCGCUCUUUUCCGUUGAUUAUGGCAGUUUUGUUCCAAAAAGAAUAGAGCAUGACGGUAGAUAUCAUGCCUACGACUAUUAUUAUAUAUAUGACGGGCCAUUCCUUUAUUCUUUUAGAUGAAACCUUUUCAAGUAAUGUAUAAAUGAGUGGCCCAAUAUUUGCUAUUUGAAUUAUGAUAACUAAGUAAGACGAUAGAUUCCAAGAUUCUGGUAAACGGUCAACAAAAUAUGGCAGUUCUACCCAUAAUCCAUUAAUAUCUAUCCAAGAAGAAGCUGCAAAGCAGGUGAUAAGAAUGUAAAUCUUCCAAUCAACAAAAAUUUUCCUAUUAUUUUUCAAAGGUGGUUUGUUUUGAACGAAAGAGUUUGUUAAUUCCUCCAUUUGUUUAUCAGAGAAUAUUCCAGAAUAUUCAUUUUCUGUCAUCGUCUGAAAGCAAUUGUUAAAUGAUUGAAAAUAAUUUUAAAUUAGAAAAGUGAAGGAUGAAUAUGCGGGCGGAAGGGAACACAUGGCUCUAUUUGAAAAAAAAUUCCCCCAGCAGUUGUUGAUAGCGGCAUUUCUAAUUUCGUAAUUAUUAUAAAUAUUUUAAUAUUACAUUAAAUUGUUAAGACAGCUGUGAAAAUAUAGGUACAAUAAGAUUUUUACAGGUACAAAUUUUACACUCACGCCUAUUCUUUAUACUAUCGCGUAAUAAGUCACCUUCAAUCUAAUUUCAUUUUUAUCAAAAAUGAAAGUUGAUUAAAUGUGCAAGUCCUCACUUCACUAUUUAAGAAUAAAAAUGCCAAAGCUUUUACUGCCAAUAAGGUGAAAACGUGUCAUCAGUUUUGUUACUUGUUCUUGACAUGAUGAAAA